CGCGGCGGCCGGAACCCGGCCGGGGGCUGGCUGCGUGCUGACCGAGGGCCGGGGCCGAGGGCCAUGGGGGACCCCGGCUCCCGGGCUCGGCGGGAGCGCCCCGGGGGCCGCAGCUGGUGCCUGCGGCGCGUGGGCAUGGACGCCGAAUGGCUGCUGCUGGAGGACGGGAGCGAGGUGACUUUAGGGAGAGGACUUGGUGUCACAUACCAACUGGUAUCAAAACUCUGCCCUCUGAUGAUUUCCCGAAACCACUGUGUUUUGAAGCAGAACAUGGAGGGCCAGUGGACAAUUAUGGACAACAAGAGUCUGAAUGGCGUGUGGCUGAACAGAGUACGUCUAGCGCCUUUAGAGGAGUAUUCUCUCCAUACGGGAGACCGCGUUCAGCUUGGGGUGCCUCUGGAAAAUAAGGAGAGUGCAGAGUAUGAAUAUGAAGUUACUGAAGAGGACUGGGAGAAGAUGUAUCCGUAUCUUGCCCCAACGAAUGAUCAGAUAUUGGGGAAAAACAAGGGCUUGAGAACUAAAAGAAAAUGUAGUUUGGAUGAAUUAGAGGGUCCUGAAGCUGAAGGCCCCUCACACUUGAAAUUCAAAAUGAGUAAAGUGUCUUGUGAACCUGGUCAACCACUGAAGUCACGCGGGAAAGGUGAAAUGGCCAAUGGACCCUCUGAACAUUUGGAACCUCAGGUGACUUCUCUCGAGCCACGUGAGAACACCACAGGGGCUCAUGUUUUCUCUGGCCCCACCAAAGUCCUGGCGCUGCAUCAUAACAAGCAGAAAGCCUCAAACCCGUCAGUAUCUCAGAGCCGCUUAGAGCUGUUCAAGGUGACCAUGUCUAGGAUUCUGAAGCUCAAAACACAGAUGCAGGAAAAGCAAGUAGCUGUUCUGAAUGAGAAGAAGCAGACCCAAAAAGGGGACUCAAAGAAUAUUGUGCAAAUGGAGCAGGAACUGCAGGAUUUACAGUCUCAGCUUUGUGCAGAGCAGGCCCAGCAGCAGGCCAGAGUGGAGCAGCUAGAGAAGACUUUCGAGGAAGAGCAGCAGCAUCUCCAGGGUUUGGAGAAAGAGCAAGGAGAAGAGGACCUGAAGCAACAGCUGGCCCAGGCUCUGCAGGAGCAUCAGGCUCUAAUGGAAGAGCUAAACCGCAGCAAGAAGGACUUUGAAGCCAUCAUUCAAGCCAAGAACAAAGAAUUGGAGCAGACCAAGGAAGAGAAGGAGAAGGUGCAAGCACAGAAGGAGGAAGUUCUUAGCCACAUGAACGACGUGCUAGAGAACGAGCUCCAGUGUAUUAUCUGUUCAGAAUACUUUAUUGAGGCUGUCACCUUGAACUGUGCCCACAGUUUCUGCUCCUAUUGUAUCAAUGAAUGGAUGAAGAGGAAGGUAGAAUGUCCCAUUUGUCGGAAGGACAUCAAGUCCAAAACCCCCUCCCUGGUUCUGGACAAUUGCAUUAGUAAAAUGGUAGAUAAUCUGAGUUCGGAAGUAAAAGAACGACGAACUGACUUAAUUAAGAGACGAAAAGAGUCAGGAACUCUGGUGAGCACCGCCCACCAGCACCACCACCACCACCACCACCACCACGUUGUACUGAGGGCGAGACCAGUGCUUGCUGGCCAAGGCUUGCCCAGCAGCCGGAGAGAAGGGCCCAGGGGAGGAACCUGAGCGCACGCGAGAGCUUCAGGAGAACAGAGAGAUUGUUGUGAAGACUGUGCUGCAGGGGCCGUUGAAAGACUGCCAGGCAAUGGAGCACGGGGGGUCUCGAGGCUCCUCUGUGGACUCUGGGCUGCGCCGGGACAGAGCGUGGGAGAACCACGUGGGACA